GGCCAGGUUGGUUACUUUCAAUUAACGCCCUCAACAUUCAAUUAACGCCCUCAAAGGACUUAAUAACUGUUACUCCAACACAGAAGCCCACAGAAAACUGGGAACAGUUUUUGUGGAAACAGGAGGAAACAAUGAGAAAACGGGGAACAGGAGGAAACAAUGAUAGAUAUAUGGUGGGACUGCCCAUACUUCAGCCCUUAUGGGGGUAUGUGAAGGACAUCCUUCAGGCUCUCCACAUCAUAGAUGUGCCGCUCAACCCAAGUGUCUAUCUGUUCCUCCUCUGCCCUCCCGCCCUAACCAAAGCUCACAAACAAAUGAUAGCGCUUACAGUGCUGGCGGCCAGAAACCUGAUAGCAAUUGG